AUGGAGGCCUCGGAAAUAGUAGAUUGCCAUCUUGCGACUGCAAUCGAAACGUUCAAACUUGCAAUGAUUCAGAGCACCAAAUUCCAUACCUCCCUAGUCAAAUAUUCCCCGCCGGAUAUGCAAACUCUCAAUGCUAGGGCACAGAUCUACAUCCGACUUGAGGAGAAUGUAGCCCACCGAGCGCAACAUGCCACCCUCGUCACAGUGGAGAAUAAGCCUCGGGAAAAAGUUUCAAAUUCAAAAAGCCAAAAAAGCCAGCAUGCCUCAGCCCCAGUCGCUCAGGCACCUGAGAAGAGGCAGAAGAUAGAGGAAAGAUCCCUUAGGCGACAAGUGGAGAACAUGAUAAUCAAGGGUGAGUUAGCAGAAUACCUUACAACAAAGGCAUACGUGAAGCCUCGGGAGAUCAAUCCUCAGAAAAUGGAAGGUAAUCAAGUAAAGGUCAUCCAUGCAAGACAUGGGAGAUCAGAGGACGACCAAGAGUCGGAAGAAGUAUAUAGAUCCAGACUGAGGGCAGCCUAUAAGUUAAGGAAGUUAUCCUCGGUGAACACUAUCACUUCGGGCAGUAUCAGUAUUAGGUUCAGCGAUGGAGAUUUAUCCAGAGUUCAACUCCCCCACGAGGAUCCACUAGUCAUCAGCCUUCUGGUGGCAAAUUGCAUGAUCAAAAGGGUUUUGAUAGACCCAGGUAAUAGCUCCAAUAUUAUCACAAAGGCGGUCUUUGAGCAGCUGGAAAUCCCGUCAUCAUCAAUUCAGCCCACUUCCAGUCCCUUGAUGGGGUUUGAUGGCAUAAAGGUGGACCCCCUUGGGGUGAUUGAUUUAUCAGUUACCGUGGCAAAGAGGACACUGAAGGAGAACUUUGUUCUAACGGAGAUUCAUCCUCUUUAUAAUCUCAUUAUGGGAAGAGGCUGGAUCCACCGAAUGAAUGGGGUUCCAUCUACCCUUCAUCAAGUGAUGCGAUGUUUAUCUCUGGACGGUAAGAAGCAAUUACAGAGCCCUCUGUCUAAGUACCUGAAAGCGGAGGAUGAAGCUGAAGCUACAAAGCCUACAGAGGAAUCCCUUGAGGCUGUUGAAUUUAUCCUCGGCAACCCCCAGAAAAUCACCUACAUGGGCUCCUCCCCCACAGCAGAAGAGAAAAAAGCGUUAGUUACUGUCAUUCGACGGAACGCCGAGGCGUUUGCCUGA